AACACUUCGGGCUUUCCAGAACAAAAGCUCCAGCGGAUCGCAGUGAGACCAAGUGCCGAAGAUCCCGGGGAGCUGUGGGGAUUUAAAGUGCUUACAGUAACUGCCGAUAGCCAACCCUGAUGGAAGUGCCCAGUGACCAUGACAUGAGGAUUACCUCUCCUGGAGGUUCACUGUCAAAGAAAGAAGGAAAGUUUAGCAAUCCACGCCAACUUAAGUCCCCAAACUAUGUUAACACCAAUGGAAAGAUACCUACAAAUCUCUCUAAUCACAAGGUGAAAAUGACCAAUGGCAGCUCAAGAGGAAGUGGUUCAAUGAGCUUCAGCACCAACAAUAACUCGGUGGUGUGUCUUCCUCUGGUGUCAGAGGGAUUAAAGCUUGUAUGGACCCAAUCUGAUCAGACAAAGGAGCUGGACACUAUCCCUGAACUGGUACAGGCCUUCAAUGUCUUCCCCUAUCCAACAUCUCAAGAAGUGAGCACAUUAGCUAAUAUCUGUGCACUUCCACUUGAUAAAGUCAAGGUCUGGUUUAUGGUGCAGCGAAUCAAGUAUGGAAUCAGCUGGGCUUCUGAGGACAUUGAAGAAACACGCUGUAAACUAGCAGGCCCAGAGCAUACAAGUGGCUUUGUACAUGAAGAAAGCAACAAAAGGAAGAGAUCUGGAUGGGAUGACCUCGAAGAGCUUGAGGAGAAUGUUCAUAUGGAGGAUUCUGUACACAAUUUGUCACACAAAAGGCACAAAAAUGAACCCCCAGAAUUAAAGCUUUCUCCUUUCACAAAUUCUCUUUCACCCCAAUCACCUUCUCAGAACUCUAAUUACUACAGCCAUCCUGUGGACAGUCCAGCUACGACGCCAUCCGCUGCCUCACCUAGCUCCCUGAAGUCUUCUUUUGGAUCUCAACAAAAGCACAAACGAUACAAAAAAUCUAAAGCCCAGCUCACAGCUUUGCGCAAGAGCUUCCUUCAAGAGAACUGGCCUGCUGAGACUGAACUCAGACGCCUGCAAGAGGAGACUGGCCUGAGUCGUAACGAAAUCCGAAAAUGGUUCAGCGACAGUCGCUAUCAGCUAAGGAAUGGUAGAGGGAUGCCAGGCUUAAUGUCUCCUGCCGCUGACGAAGAGAAGAACGAGUCUCAUUUUCAACCUUUAUCUGAGGGUGAGCAGCUACAGCCUCUGUCCCUGGUCAUUGAAAAGCACCAAACAAACGUCCCUGCAAAAGGAGGAGCUCGCAGCAAGAAAGUGCAGAAAAGAGGCUCGAGUAAUUCACAGUUUUUUCAGAUUUUUCUGUCAAACACUCUUGAGGCAUUCGGAGAAGGAGAGAUUGACGAAAGUGAAACAAAGACAGGCUGUGAAAAGGGGUGUAAAGAAGAGGGUAACUCUCACCAUGACGAUGCAGAAGUGGGAAGCAAACAUGAUAGUAAGUCCCACGACUCACUUGCACAUUCGGAGCCAUCGGUGUCUGUUGCAUCCCCGCUCUGCCUCACCCCUUUACACGUUUCUACUCAGUCGUCUCAAAUAUUAAUUUCCAAGUCCUCAAAGAAAUAUGUGCGUACCGCGAAGUCAAGUACUGCAGUCUCCAGUCCCUCUCAAUCUUCCACUUCGUUGACUGCCUCUGGACGAGUGAGAAAAACCAAGGAGCAACUGGACAUACUAAAAGAAUACUUUUUGCGAUGCCCAUGGCCAAGAAGUGAGGAGUACACACAGUUGGUGGAACUAACAUCCUUACCCCGAGCGGAUGUCAUCCAGUGGUUUGGGGAUACUCGGUAUGCUGUGAAGAACGGGCAUUUACGCUGGGUGCGUGGUGCUGUCCGUGACCAGAUCCUUGCUGAGAUAGGCUACAGCAAAAAUGGAGGUGGCGGAGCUGACGCCAGCAGCUCCAGUGGAACCCUCAAGAACGACAGCAGCCGCAAACGCAAGUCUCAGUUGAACACAGCCUCACACGUCCCAAAGUCAGUGUCGGACUCCUUAGAUAUUCAUCCUCUGGAGCUGUAUUAUCAGCAGACAGGCGUAUUGCAGGAGAAAGACCUUGAUGUUCUCUGCCGAAAGUCAAAGAUGAGUUACCAGCAAGUUCGGGACUGGUUUGCAUCCAAGGACAGUGAGUCAGCAGAGCUGCCUAAUAGUUCUGAAGACUGAAAUGGAAAGUGUUUGGGUGUUUGCUUUUCAGUUGUUUCUAUUGUACUUUCCCCACUGUACUGUACAGGGAUUAUGGAAUAAGACUGAGUAGAUGAAAAAUCUUUUAUUUUAGAUUGGCUAAAUGCAGUUCCCUGUCCUUUCUUGCUUUUUUUUCCAUUUCUAUAUUUUGUUUUCUCUCCAUUUGUUUCUAAAUAUCUUUUGUGCCAGGGUGUUCAAUACACUGGCUAAUUGUUCUUUCUUUUUUUUUUUUGGUCAUUUAGCUUCAGCAGUAACUUAUUAGAAAUGCGUGCAUAACCUUACAGUACAGUAGUGCUAUGUAGUUGACUGGUAGGUAAUAAUGAAGGCCAUAUUGUGCGACAUGAACAGAAGGCCUAAUGAGCACUGUGAUUACCUAUUCGUUCACAAACUAAAUCAGACUAAGCAAAUCAAGUUCUUUCUUGAUUUAUUGCACUUGAAUAUUGGACCUGGAGUUUUCACAACUGUUUAAAAGUAUUCCCUUUCAGAAACACCAGUGUGUAAUAAUAGUUUUGAAAUGGUUAUUUUCAUGACACACUUCAUUGUAUUUGUUGUAUAUAAAUGUGUGGCAGAUGUAAUGCAAACACUGAACACUGGAAACUAACCCUAAAUAUGGGAAAAAUGGAAGAAACCCCAAAAUCCUCUACCAAAGCAGACAAAAAAAUAUUGAGGCCCAAAUGAGAAAUUUGGAAUUUGGGAGGUUAGUGUUUUCAAACACAAUCUUACAGGACAAACUCAGCCUCUUAUUAGUAAUAAAAACAAAACUUAGGUGUGGGAAGUUUCAUGUUUGAGCUUAAUCAUAUGCAGGCUGUGCACCUGUGUAGCUUGUAAACAUUUAUCAUGUUCUGGCUUAUCCAGGCUGCAUAAAACCUUUAGACUGAUGGAGUUUUGUAAAAUUCAUGAGCUAUGGUGAUGCAUGCUGGUUAACUGCACAUUAACAGCCUAUUUAAAUAAUGAUUUUGAAUAAUGAUUUCAUAUACAAUUAACUAUACACUCAAAUGCACAGUUAUUUAAUAUUUUUACUUUUAAAGCCGUAUUGUCCUAUAAUGUGCCUUAGAAUACAUAGAAUCUUGUUCUCAGAGUUGGGGGGGGGGGGCUUUUUGUUUCAUAUUCAACUUAUUGUUUGUAGGUAAAUAAACUUGACAUGCCCAAAUCAAUAAUAUAUAUCAUUAAAGUCAAUAGAACUCAAAGUGGGCAUUUUGUUUUAGUGCAGUAUUUAAAUGCUAUAACAUACAGGCUGUAAUGCAAUACACUGGAGUUAGUGCUUCCUUAAUUCACAAUAUGCACUGGCAAAGCAGCAUUUUUCAGCACAGACAAAGCUUCAGAAUUUUCUGUGUGGAGUUAAUGGGUCUUUGUUUACCUUUCUCAAAGCUUUUGCUUUAAGAGUAGCCAUAACCUUGCAACCAUUGCUGUUUCAGUAAUCUACAACAUACACAUUGAGAAUUACCACAGUCCCAAUAAGUCAAACUGCAAUAACUGGAGGUUAAAUGUACACUCUGAUACUUUACCUUUUGUAUGUUUAGAUAUAUUUUGUAACAAACUGGAGAAAACAACUUUGUAAUUGACUUUAUAAUGAAUUAAAUUAGAAGACAUCCUACCCAGGACUAGUUAAUUGAAAGGAGUUGUCCACAAAUUUUUAUAGUAGUUCUUGUCUGUCUUAAAAUGGAAAGGCAGGUAUUUGCUUUUUGUGUAAGAAAUAAACUGAAUACAUAAAUAUCUCAAAUAAAGUGAACUGUAAUGAAAA